CUGGAGCGGAAGCCGGAAGUUCGGUUGUUUGUUGUCAGCAACAGUUGCUGUGUUUGAACAUUUUCUAUUUUCUGUCGUAUUUUCUGUGGGGUUUUUUCCUGGCGUCUCGUUGGGGUGUAAAUUAUUUUAACUCUCUCCUCGCCUCCCGCGACGCUGACCGCCGCCUUCCUCCGACCUUUACCCGGCCAGCGGCGGGUUUUAGAGCCGGAGCGGGAAGUCUGGACGAAGUUAGCUUCCAUGCUAACAGUGCAGCUUUAAAUAAGCUUUAUUAACACUGUAGGCAAACAGCGUCAUGUCUGCUCCGGCUGCACUCAGUCCGGAUCAGUCCUUCUGCAGCUCAGAAACCGGGGACGUUUUAAUCCGCUCCACACGAGUCCUCCACCCGGACCGGACCGGUCCCGGAGGCGGACCCGGAUCCGUCCAGAUAACCGUCCGAAAACUGCGGGACUUUCGUCCACCUACUCUGACCGAACUGAGACAGAAUAAGCAGCGGCGGCGGAGUCCCAGACAGAACUCGGAUAUCGCUGCUUCACAUCGGUCAGCAGCGUACUUAAAGCCCCGUAAGAUCUUCGGAGGAGGAGACGGAAAACUCGCUGAGGCGAUGGACACAGGUGACGACGUCCUUACGUCACGGUUUGCGUCUGGGGGUCGAGGAGUCGUGCUGGCGGCUUUGAAGCAGCGCUCUCACAGCGCCCCCCGCAGGAGGGAGGUCAAAGUUCACUUCUUGGACCCGAUGCCGCUCCACUCUGCGGGAAACCCCCCGGACGCCCCUGCUCUGAGCUCCCGGGAUGCAGCGAAGGAUGCUGGGGUCCAGAUGGAGAUGCCGCUGUCCUCUGGUGACCUGGGAGAUGCCAGUAGCACAGCCGCCGCCGCUGCCACUGCAGCUUUGGCAGCUGCUGCUCCUCUCUUCAAGGCUCAGUCUGAUAUGGAGGCUCGAGUGGCUCAGCUGGCUGACGGCAUCCAGAAGCUGCUGCAAGCUGACAGGGAGGGUGGGGACAGAGGGCGGAGCAUGAGCCAGCAGACACUGCAGCACCUGGAGAUGCUGCAGUGCCAGCAGGUGCAGCUGCAGAGCCAGCUGCUGGAAUCAGCCCUCAGGAUAGCGAGCGGCCAUGCUUCAGACCCGCCGACGCACCUGCAGGUCACACACCUGGAUGCUGCAGCAGCAAACCGCCUCGGCGCCCAGCCACCGAGCUCCUUGCCAAAUGUAGCUGUCCCUCCUGCCCCAGUUACCAUGGAAACGCAUCGCCUUGACCAAUGGGCAGAUCAAACCAGGUGAAGGGGGGAGGGGGGAGGAUGUUUUUGUGGGUUUGAUGGAAGCGGUUUUGUUAAACAGAGACUGAGAGACACAGACAGGAAACAGGCUCAGGGUUCAGGUGCACUCCUGACACACCUGGAAAAGCUUGAACCUGCUUAUUAAACAGCCACCAAUCAACACGCUCAGAAGGACUCUUGGUUUUUUGGUUGUUCUCAUUUAUGUGACGCGUUCAGUGAGCACACAUGGAGAUCUGAAGGGAUGCAGGGCCAGCACAAAAACAAAUCUUUAUUACGUUUUUCGUGUGUUUAUUUAAGAAAGAAAGAUAAAGAUGUUUGAUUAUUCGCACAGAUCCACGUGAACCGAAUAAUCAGCUGAAGCUGAAAAUGGAGGCAAAUAAAAUCCUGUAAGUCACAAACUGACUCCAAGCUGGAUUCAGAUGUGCACAGAACUGGUUUGACUGCCGGGCUCUACACGGGCUUUCUCCUGGUUUAAAGAAGCCUUCAGAGGUGUCGACACACAUUACUAUCAGUGAUCUGCAUGUGGUCACCGUUUGGUCUGAGUCAGUUAAACCCACCUAUGAAAAAACAAGCCAGUGAUUUUCCUGCGGUGGAAGAGCAGAGUGAAGCCCUCGUGUGUUUUAGAGACAAAGGUUAGAUUAGUUCCUGUGCAGUGAUGCUUCAUCUAAAGCAAUGAAAGGUCAUAUGAGAGCAUGUGGAGGUGCUGAUUGGUCUGCUUGGUCAGUCGGAGUGCUGUGUGAAGACUGGAGCAGGUGGAGACAUAAAGGAGCCUGGGAGCGUCUGAACGCUACAGCAGGUCUGCGUCGCUGCAUUUGCAUAAUCAUUCAUAGUGUGUGUGUGUGGGGGGGUGUGCUACAGUUGAUCCUGUAUUCUGCAGCUUCUCCUCGCACGUUUCCAUGGCAACGCCAGCAGUAUCCAUGAGAGGCACGCAGAUGCUUUUGUGUGUUUAUGGAGAUGGCACUAAGCCAAAGCCGCCACCCACUGCUGAUAACUGAAAAACCGCAAUAUUCCCAGAAUGCACCAGUGUAGUGCAUAUUUUCAUAACUCACCUGUGUAAACUCUGUCAAGGCAAGGUUGCAUAUCAGGGGCGUGGCCUCUUUGACUGACAGGUGGGUGUAGCUGCUAGCUCGUGCUAACUGGACUGUGGACGUGUUUGUGUUGCUGUGAGGUUUCUGUACGAACAGACGUCUUUUAUUGUUAUGAAUGAGCAGGUGACUGUGACAGCCAAGGCCAAACUGCAGCCAAGUCCCUCUGUGAGUUACAGGCUGUGAGGUAACCCCAUCCUGUUUGUGCACACUCUGCUUGAAACUAGUGUAGUUUUUAUUUUUCCGCCUGUUUGAUGAACUGCGUGCGGACAGCUCCACAGAGACUCAUUGCUCAGUGAUGUGAUUGCUGUCUGCAGCAGAGCUGAAGCUGCUGUGUGGAGAAUCGGGAUAUUUUCCACAGUCAGACGCGCUCUGAGCACUGAGAGGCUCGGGUCAGAGAGCUGCCCAUCACGUCACAUCAUGUCUGACUGCACGGCACCUCGAUCAGGAGACACACGAGGGGAAGGAAAGAGGCAAACAAACCUCUCCUAUUGGUCAGUUCUUUGCUUUAAUCUAAAGAGAUUUACAGUAUACCACAGUAAUCCUUUGCUGAUUACCAUAGUAUGCUGCAUGUGUUACACAUCACAAGACUCAUUUUUACUUAUCGCUUAUUUAUUUAACUGUGCUGCACAGCUACACUGAGGGUUCAAACAAGAGCAUAAAUUAACUUUGCUGAGCUCUGAAGACAGAAACCAAAGAAACAUCAGAGCAGCGAGGGCGAUCGAGGCUCAGUGCAUACUGAGAGAGAGAGGAGGGGUGGGUUGGAGCAGAGAGGUAAAACCUGCCUAGCAACACGGAUGCCUCUGCAGCCCAAACCCCCAGGGUCCACCUUUAAUAUUCCACCUUAAACUGCUGUGAGGUGAUGAAACACCUAUGCUGUUGUUUCCUCUGAGGAGGGGGGGUUGAUCUCAGAGUUUCUUCUUAUGGGGCAGCAGACCCCCACCCUCAAAAGCCAAAGACUUGUAAAAGGAGCAGGAGUUAUUUAAAGAAACAAGCCGUGAUACUUUUAUGAUGACUCGUGAACAGCCCCACAAACUACAGACAAAAAUAUGAUGGGGGGGGGGCCUCAGCCCUCCCGCUGUGUGCCCCCUCCGGACCCGUGUGUGCUGGGGUCAGACCCGUGAACCCCGGCAGCUGGAGUGCUGCAGGUGGAGCGGGCUUCUUCUUUACCU